CCAACUUGGACCUCUUCUCCCAUAAUUUGCUUGAUCAUCGCACGAGGAAUCUCCAUCCUCACCUCUCUACUCCUGCUCGCUUCCUGCCGGUGAGCCAGCUGUGGCCGUGUCGCCCUGUUCUGUCUGGGAGCAGUCGCCUCGAUUGACCUCGACCGACCGCGCUUUCCCUCGCCUUCCUUCAUCUUCCCCUGGGCGCAGGAGCCCUGGCAGCAUCGCAUCACCGUCAACUCCAACUGUCUGUCGUCUCUGCGCCCUCUCUGAAUCAUGGAGCAGCAGAGAUCGUUGGUUUAGGAGACCGCAGAUCGGAGAGAAAAGAGACGCGCUUCGUCCCACUGUUUGACAUCAUGUCCUGGCGAAGAAGGUCCUGAACGCGACUUGAUUAAAACGAUGCAACAAAAUCACCAUCCCUAUGGGCAACAUCCCAUGCCCAUGCAGCCUCCCCAGAGGCGCCACGAUGUGCCCUACGCGAACAUGCCGCCUCCCAUGAGGCCGCAUCCGCAAUAUCAGCCAUUUUAUCAACAGCAUAUGGCCCCAAUGAUGCCCCAAUACCCUCAGCACUACCCGCCCAACUGGUAUGGAUAUCAACAACCCCACAUGCAUCCUAUGCAUGGCAGACCGCCAUAUUAUGCUCAGCUCCCUGUGCCGCCGCCCCAGUAUCCUCCUGCUGCUCCUCCUCCCCAUCACGGGCCUCUGGUUGUAUCCUCCCAGCCGCACGUGCAGCCUGCGCCGCGACACCCUCAAGGCCCAGCAUCUGUGCCGCCGCAGCCAACCUCGACUGCCCCUUCCAUUGCCUCAAACCCGGUUCAAACACCACCUUCUCCUCCGCUCAGUACCUCAAGCACAGUGAAUACAAGAAAAGAUAACAUCUCCCCAGCGAUCUCUCCUGCGCCCCAACGGGUCCAGAGCCCGUCCGCCGAUACUCCCAGGGAUCCCUUUUAUCCCCCAGUCCCUUGGUUAUCUGUUGAGGACGAGGCCUUCCCACCGCGUGCUCCUCGACAGAGACGGCGGAUUCCUCGCUCCCUCCUUGCCGCGGAACCGGUGGUCUACCCCUUGGUAGAGCCCACCCCCCCGGAACCAGCUGCUCCAGCAACCACUGAAGAAGAGCCGGCACAAGAGCAAUUGGAGGCUGUGCCACAAGAGGAGGAUGAGCCCGCAGAUGUCUCCGCUGAUCAGCCUGUCACACAAGCAUCAACACCCUUGCCAUCCGAUGCUCCAUCAGAUGUCGCUUCUACCCAGCCAACAACCCCUUCUUCUGCCGUUCCGGGGCCCCUAUCAAAGUCCCAGCAGACUCCGACUCAACCAAAAGUUCGACCCGUUGGUCCCAUCCUCCCAGCCGUUCCAGUCCUGCCGUCUAGCCCGACCGCAGCGCGCUCUAGCCACCGUGAUUCGGUCGUUUCGACACAGUCAAAGUCGUCCGAAGCGGCACAACCGUCUAUAGAGAUAAAGGAGCCUGAAGUCAUUUCGUCAGAGGCGUCAGAGAUGAAGGCAAUUUCUGAAGCUGCCGCUCCCACUGUUUCGCCUCCGGCUGCUCCAAAAUCUUGGGCCAACCUUUUCAAGUCAAAUGAUGUGCGGAGUGGCCCGUUCACGGCUUUGGAUUCCAAGGCAGCCUCGACCAUCUCUGGAACCGCAAAGAGUGAGACCCUAUCCGAUGUGCUGAACGACAUGAACUCGAUCACUGAAGCACCAGCUAAGAUCUCUUUCCUGAAACCGCGUGGUCUUGUCAAUACCGGCAAUAUGUGCUACAUGAAUUCUGUGUUGCAAGUCCUCGUUUUCUGCUUGCCGUUCUAUGAUUUCAUAGCAAAAUUGGCUGACAGAGCUCCACAUACAUUCAAGAGCGACACUCCCUUGAUCGACGCAAUUAUAAUGUUUGUACGAGAAUACCCCAUCAUCUGCUCUGCAAACUCUGUGGAUCAGCUCCGCCUACGCUUGAAACCAGAUGAUUAUGAAAACUAUGGCGACUCUUUCAUUCCAGAGUACGUUUAUGCUGCAAUAAAAGAUCUGCCUCGUUUUCGAGAAAUGAGGAGGGGCCAUCAACAGGACGCUCAAGAGUUCCUUGGCUUUUUGCUGGAAGAAUUGCAUGAAGAGUGUGCUCGCGCCAUGAGAUCUACUACAGCUUCAAGCUCCGGCCGAACGACGCCUGUUGGCAGCGUUUCCAAUGCCUCCGAGCACGCUGAUGCCGAGAAUGGCUGGAUGGAAGUAGGCCACAAGCAGAAGCCUGCAGUCACCCGAUCCUCCGGAAUGGUUGCGGCAGAGUCUCCUGUGACCAACAUCUUUGGUGGCAAACUUCGAUCCGAACUAAAGGUUUCCGGGAACAAGCUGUCCGUCACUUUGGAGCCAUACUCACCCCUACAGCUUGAUAUCGGUUCUCCUCAAGUAAACAACAUCAUUGACGCUUUGAAAGGACUCACGAGACCCGAAAGCAUGCAAGGCGAUUUUUACACUCCGAGAGGAGUAAGAGCCACUGCGACAAAACAAGUCUUCAUUGAAACUCUACCUCCGGUCCUGAUCCUACAUCUCAAACGAUUCCAUUAUGACAACACCACGAAACGUGCGGAGAAGAUCUGGAAAAGAGUCGGCUACCCCUUGGAACUCGAAAUUCCCAAGGAGGUGUUCCCCCUGCAAGUACGGAACAAGUACACGGCUCACGGCGGCCUACCAAAGUACCGCCUUACAGGUGUCAUCUACCAUCAUGGCAAGAAUGCCAACGGCGGCCACUACACUGUUGACAUCCGCCGCCAAGAUGGCCGCGAAUGGAUCCGCAUGGACGACACAUUACUGCGCCGUAUCAGGUCCGAAGAAGUUGCAGAGGGCGGCAGCGAGGAAGAUCCGAAGGUCCUUGCAGCAGCGCUCGAACGCCACACAGCUGGCGGUAAUCGAUUCGAGCAAUUUGACCAAGACGCCGACGAGGAUGUCACUUCGGACAAAACGUGGAGCCAAGUCAAUGGACAUUCGAGAUCUAAAUCGACAAUGAGCGCUGUGGUAAACGGAACUUCCACGCCGAAAGACUCAUCCGGGAAACAGACGCCAAACCCCAAGUACGCCGUCAAGGACAACAAGGUUGCCUAUCUAUUGUUCUACCAGCGGAUAUCCAAUUAAAGCUCGGAAAAACCUGUGCAUGAAGUGCAUGAUGUCGUCUUCGCCAUACUCCUUUUGUCAACCGAACUGGCCGUCGAUCACGAUUAUAUCAUGCCUUCUAGACGAUGACGAGUCUUCCCGUCAUAUUUCGCGAUCGUUCUUGAAAUCAUUGCAGCGCCUUCUUUGUAGAUAAAAGCGAGCAUUCAUCGAUAGGAGGAGGAAGAUACAAAAGUCAAGCGGCAAAAGUUCACAAGCCACUAAUGUCAAAAGCGAUGUGCCAUGCAUGGCGGUGAACGGAACCAGUGACCAUAAAAGCGGCCCUAGUUAAUGGAAUCGAGUGCAGACUAUCAUUCAUAUCACCUCUUCGCCUUUCUCCAUACCGAGACCUCGAAGAUUCUUGGGAGCAACCAAUUGACCUACACAGAGAUUUACGUCCCCAGCUCGGUUAUGAUGCUCCAACGUUAGCCCUGGAUGGAAUGCGCCUGUAUCAGUCAUGUCAUUGGGAUGGACGAGGUGAGGGAAUUUCUGAAGGAAUGUGGGAAACCGACUGCUGGAGGCCCGGCUGGCAGAGGGCACUUUCAUUGUGCAUUGUGCAGCGAAGGAAGGGCUGGAGACAAGGAGUGAAAGUUGUGACCCGGGAAGCGGACAUUGGACUUCGCGAUUGUAUCCAUGAUUGUUCUUACUGGUUAGUUAGUGCCUCAUCCCGGACCGAGGGUUACGGGGCAGUGCUUGGAUGUGUCGAGGCGAGGGCUGAGGCUUUGAUCGCGGCUGACAGGAUGUUGGUCUUGGUCAAUACUUGCCCAGCCUCGAUAACGCGAUGUCAUUAGGCUGCUUGCCGCCUUGUGUGGACGGAUGGUGGCAACUCCUCAAGUACUGGGGGAGUAUCAAUACAGUUUACCUUUCUA